AUGGGGGUGGAGCGGGAGUCUUUAUUCGCCGGAACCAAUCGUCCUGCCUCUUGUUUCCUCGCACACUCCCUCCUUUCCCGGAAGUGCCGCCACAAGCGCGGGGAAAGGCGGCGCACCCGGCUGGGAAGGGCGCUGGAGGGCCUUUCCGUGGCCUGCUCCACGACUGGUGGGGCCUGCUGAUCCCGGGUGCCGCCUGGCUCAGCUUCGCCAUGUGGAAGCAGCUCGGUCGCUCUCGACUCGCCUUCUCUGGGGCUCCAGCAGAUUCUAGUGGAAGCAAAAUUCUCACUGCUGGUUUGAAGAAAUUUGUCCUUCCUCCAGAUUACAGUGGUAUCACCAUUCCUGAGAAACCCAAACUGAAAUUUGUUGAGAAAGUUCCAACUGUGCCCAAAGUUAGGCGAGAGUUCAAGAAUUUACAUGAUAUCCGUGGUCCAUCAACAGAAGCCACAGAAUUCACCGAAGGACAAUAUGGUAUCCUGGCUAUGGGUGGUGGAUACCUCCGUUGGGGCCACUUUGAAAUGAUGCGCCUAACUAUCAACAGGCACCUAAAUCCCAAGACAAUGUUUGCUGUUUGGAGAGUCCCACCUCCUUACAAGCCCAUCACCCGGAAAGGGCUAGGACAGCGGAUGGGUGGCGGCAAAGGUGCAAUAGAUCACUAUGUGACAGCAGUGAGAGCGGGUCGUUUCAUAGUGGAAGUCGGAGGGCACUGCGAAUAUGAGGAGGUGAAGCGCUUUCUAAUUCAGGUGGCGAAGAAAUUGCCCUUUCCAGCCCAAGUUGUCAGCAAGCAAUCCCUACAAGAGAUGCACGAGAAAGAGGAGGAGAGGCGACGCAACAACCAGAAUCCAUGGACGUUUGAACGCAUUGCCAUGGCCAACAUGCUGGGGAUAAGGAAAUACCUGAGUCCCUAUGACUUGCAACAGAAGGGCCGUUACUGGGGGAAAUUCUUUCUUCCUGAUAGAGUAUAAGUGGGGUUGUAUGAAUCCAACAUACUGUAUCAGAACAGAAUUUUACUCUUUGAUUGGAAACAUUCUACAACAUGUUCUGUAUCCUUCCCUCCCUGGUUUCUGUUAAUAAUGGGUGGCCUAUAACACUGAGCUUGCCAAUUAUGCUAAUAAGAAGGGUAAAGUUGAAAUUACCUGUAUCUGGGUUAAAUAAACCUGGCCCACUUUUUAUAAGUA